AUGGAUUUGGACCCCCUACGGCAUUUGAUCCAAUCCCAUCCGUUGAUCGACAACCACGCGCACAAUCUGCUGGGCCGCGAGUCAGUCGCUGACUACGACACCUACCCGCUGGAGGCCAUCACAUCCGAAGCCCACGGUCGCGCCUUGGAAAAUGCGCACACCACGCUGCCACUGAUCCGAGCUAUCAACCAGCUAGCCGAGCUCUAUGACAGUUCCUGUACCGACUGGGCCGAUGUGCUGGCGGCCCGGGAUCUCUGGGUGCAACAAGACUACGAAGGCCUGAUUCGGCGGUGUCUGGCUGGCACGCACGCUCUGCUCCUGGAUGACUUAUUAACCGACGACGAUGUUGAAUCCUUUGAAUGGCAUGACCGCUUUACCGCUGCGCCAACGAAGCGCAUCGUGCGCAUUGAGGCCGUGGCCGCGUCGCUGAUCACUCAAAUGCUGAGUGGCGAACGUAAGCCCGGGGAGACGGUGUGGGUCGAUUUCCGUCAGCGCUUUGAGCAAGUUCUGGCUGAUGCUAUGGCUGACUCUGCUGUCGUCGGCUUCAAAUCUGUGGUCUGCUAUCGCACGGGCUUGGACGUCGACCCGUACUCGUCCGACGAGACCACGCUGGCAGGGUCGCUGGCUCGUACCCUCGACUCUGGCACGCUCAAGUCCGGUUUCCGGAUCGAGGACAAGCCGCUGAAUGACUGGCUGGUCCAGCAGACGCUGAAGGCAAUUUCUUGGGAGAAAAAGAAGACUGGGGUCGUUAAGCCGCUGCAGUUCCACACAGGCCUCGGCGACAACGAUAUAAACCUCGUCCGCGCCAAUCCCGCUUAUCUGCAGCCUUUGAUUGCUCACUAUUCGGAUGCCGACGUCGUCCUGCUGCAUUCGGCUUAUCCGUACACGCGCGAGGCUGGGUAUCUCGCCUGCGUGUAUCCGAAUGUCUAUCUCGACCUGGGCGAGGUGUUUCCGAUGGUCAGCCGGAAUGCCCAGGAGAGUAUUCUUCGACAGAGCCUGGAGAUCACACCUACCAACCGUCUGCUAUGGAGCACAGAUGGCCACUUUCAUCCGGAGACUUUUUGGCUCGCUAACCGGCAGUUCCGCCAGGCACUAGAAAAAGUAAGGUCAUUCCGUCGGCUUCGGUCUGGUAUUGUUGCUUAUCACUUUUUCAUCUAUCAGGUUCUUGUAGACUACGUCCAGCAUGGCGACUAUACUGCUCAGCAGGCCAUGAAAGUCGCCGCUGACAUUCUCUUUUAUAACUCCAAUCGCCUCUACGGGCUCAACCUUGAACUACAGAACGCCUCUAGUAUUCAGGCUCGGUCAACAAUAACCAGUGGACACGCCCUGGUCCCCGCCUCAGACCAACUAGAUGCCUUCCUGCAGAUUCAUUCAGAUGUAGAGUACAUCUGGAUGCAGUGGGUUGACUACACAGCAACAGUCCGAGUCCGCAUGUUCCCAAUCCAUGAAUUUGCCCGUAUCGCCCGAGGCCAACGACGCGUCGGAAUCUCGAUUGCAGUGCUGAGUAUGUUACAAGACGACACCGUCACACCGGAAGGAUCCACAACGGGCCAAUUCUACCUAGAACCCGACCUCAGCAGUCUCUACCGCAAUGGAGGCAUGGCAGUCCCAGCCGCGCCGAGUGCAACAGUUAUGACAUUCUGGCGAUCUGAGUCCAACCAGCCACUGGAUGGAUGCCCGCGAAAAGUACUCCAGAACAUUACCAACAAACUGCAAGCCGAACAGCAAGUCGAUGUUCUGUGCGGGUUCGAAAUCGAAGUGGUGUUCCUGACACCAACAACAACACAUCCACAAACAGGGAAAACCAACGCGUACAGCCCAGCCACAAACAACCACUCAUGGUCCCAAAUGACAGCCGACACACGCCGGCUUGUGCCCCUGCUCGAAGAAGUGACCCGGACGCUGGCGUCGAUGGGCAUCUCGCUACAGCAAUUCCACGCCGAGUCGGCACCGGGCCAAUUCGAGUUCAUCCUCCCGCCCGCAACCCCACUCGCCGCCGUCGACGCUCUCUUCGCCGCACAGCCAGUAAUCACUGCCGUCGCCGAGCGCCACGGCCUGCGCGCCACGGUGCACCCUCGCCCUCUCCCCGCCAGUGCGGGAAGUGCCACUCACGCCCACGUCUCCAUCACCCCACCCACACGCGAAGACUGUUUUCUGGCUGGGAUCCUGGCUCACUACCCGGCCGUGGCUGCCUUCACUCUCUCCCAGGACGCUAGCUACGACCGCGUGCGGUCCGGUAUUUGGGCCGGCUCGGAGUGGGUUGCCUGGGGCUUCCAGAACCGCGAGGCGCCCGUGCGCAAGAUCGAGCCGGGGCACUGGGAAUUCAAGUCGCUAGAUGGGCUGGCGAAUCCGUAUUUGGCCAUGGCGGCUUUGCUGGCGGGUGGGUAUAUGGGAAUGAAAACGGAGAUGUCUCUGUCUAUGCAGGAAUGCACUGUGGACGCCUCCACCCUCUCGCCCUCCCAACGCACAGCCCUAGGAAUCACCACCCCACUCCCUAAAUCCCUCGCCCAGAGCCUCGACGCCCUCCAAACCGACGAAUCUCUUCAAGCUCUGCUCGGUCCGGAGCUCGUGCGCAACUACAUUAUUGUCAAACGGGCCGAGUCGGCGCGCUUGCUGGCCAUGCCGGAGGACGAGCGCCGGCUGUGGCUGCUGGAG